CAGUUCGUGAUCGUUUGGGAGUUCUGAUCAAAAUUAGCCCCAUUCCAGCUGUAUUAGAAAGACUUUUUCACAUAGUAAGUGUGUAUGUGUGUGUGUGUGUGUGUGUGUGUGUGUGUGUGUGAGAGAGAGAGAGAGAAUGAGUUCAUUUGUUUGCUGGCACACCUGUGAUGAUGUCAUAGCAGUCUUCAGGUGUGUGUGAAGUCGGCUAGAGUACUGUGUGACGGACUGGUGGCCUGACCAAUCAGCUGUGAUGUCCGUUCGAGUGAGACCUCUGGACACACCCAGGACUCUCAUGGAGGGGUUGGAUGAGGUUACCAUGGGCAACACAGUGGAAAUUAUAGAGAAUAAACAUAGAGAUGCUGGAACUUACUUUAACAUCAACAACAACAAUAACAACGAAGAAGAGGAAGAAAAGAAAAUGAAAAAAGAAAAGAUGAAAAACAAGAAGAAAGAGAAAAAAGAGAAGAAAGAGAAAAAGGAAAAGACAGAGAAGAAGAAGAAAGAGGCAAAAGAGAAGGAGAAAGAGAAGCCUAAAGAAAAGAAAGAAGAAAAGAAAGAAGAACCGAAGGAGAUUUAUGUUGUAGAUCCAGCUGGAAACAUGUACUACAACUGGCUGUUUGUGAUCACGUGUCCUGUGAUGUACAACUGGAUUCUCAUCAUAGCCAGAGCGUGUUUUGAGGAAUUGCAGGGAGAUUAUUUGAUAUACUGGUUCAUUCUGGAUUAUGUAUCUGAUAUGGUGUAUCUGGCCGACAUGCUGUUCAGGACCAGAACAGGAUACCUGGAGCAGGGUCUCUUAGUAAAAGAUGAGAAGAAGCUUAGAGAUCGCUACAGGCAGAGUGUACAGUUCAAACUGGACCUGGCCUCCAUGGUCCCAACAGACCUUUUCUACUUGUUCUUUGGCAUGAACUACCCUGAGAUUCGCAUGAAUAAGCUGUUAAGAAUCAAUCGCUUGUUUGAGUUUUUCCAGCGCACGGAAACACGGACCAACUUUCCCAACGUGUUCCGAAUCUCCAACCUCGUCAUGUACAUUGUGAUCAUCAUCCACUGGAAUGCCUGCAUGUAUUACUCAUUCUCCAAGGCCAUUGGCUUUGGAGCAGAUGCCUUUGUGUACCCAGACACCUCAGACCCUGAGUUUGGGCGGUUAGUGAGAAAGUACGCUUACAGCAUGUACUGGUCUACCCUGACGCUCACCACCAUCGGAGAGACACCACCACCUGUCGAAAACUCUGAAUACUUCUUUGUGGUGACUGAUUUCCUGGUUGGCGUGUUAAUUUUUGCCACCAUUGUCGGUAACGUGGGCUCCAUGAUCACGAACGCAAACGCAGCUCGAGCAAAUUUCCAGUCUCGCAUUGAUGCUAUUAAGCAGUACAUGAGUUUUCGGAAGGUCACAAAGGACUUGGAGAAACGGGUCAUCAAAUGGUUUGAUUACUUGUGGACCAAUAAGAAAGCAGUAGACGAGAGAGAGGUACUCAAGUUCCUGCCUGACAAGCUGAGAGCGGAGAUUGCUAUAAACGUCCACUUGGAUACUCUGAAGAAGGUUCGGAUCUUUGCCGACUGUGAGGCCGGACUGUUGGUCGAGCUGGUACUGAAGUUGCAGCCCCAGGUGUACAGCCCGGGUGACUACAUCUGCAAGAAGGGUGACAUUGGCCGUGAGAUGUACAUCAUCAAAGAAGGAAAACUUGCCGUGGUGGCCGAUGAUGGAGUCACACAGUUUGUUGUACUUAGUGAUGGCAGUUACUUUGGAGAGAUCAGCAUCCUCAACAUCAAAGGCAGUAAGGCGGGAAAUCGCAGAACCGCCAACAUCCGCAGCAUUGGCUAUUCAGACCUGUUCUGCCUUUCCAAAGAUGACCUAAUGGAGGCGCUGACCGAAUAUCCAGAUGCAAAGGCCAUGCUGGAGGAGAAAGGACGACAGAUCCUUAUGAAGGACAAUCUGCUGGAUUUGGAGUUGGCCAAGCAGGGGCCCGACCCCAAAGACAUGGAGGAGAAGGUCAUCAAAAUCGGCAGUGUGCUGGACAAACUGCAGACACGUUUUGCUCGCCUGUUAGCUGAACACGAGGCUGCACAGGGGAAACUCAAGAAGCGUGUCACUAAAUUAGAAAAGAAGAUCACUGCAUCUGGUGGUGUGGAGCCAGAACCAGUAAUCCCAGAGAAGAAAGACGAGGAACCAGAGGAAAAAAAAGAUGAAGACAAACCGGAGGAGAAGUAGAAGUUUUAGGAUAUUAAAAAGAAGCCUUGCGUAUCUGUGGUCCUACUUUAUAGGGAAGAGGGCGUGACUGGAUUUUUGUGGAUCUGCUCCUGCCCAAGAGCAGCUUUACCCAGUGCUGUCAGUCAACCACAGCAAUCACUGUUGAAAAGACCAGUAUAGCCAGUCACCAGCAUAUGUUGUGUUAUGGAUGCUGAUCUUCAAUUUGGGAUUCUGCCAUGAGUCUAGACCAGUAUAAACCAGCCUUGGGCUGCAUGGAGAGUCAUACUGGUGUAAACUGGUCUUUUCAACUAGGAUGUGUGUUUGAGCAUAAGUACAAUGAAGACAUCUGCCAAUUUGUUUUGUUCAUUCCUUUACCUACAACAGGUAAAAUGCAAAUGUAACAUAUUGUAAAGGUGAUCAGUUUUACAAGAAAUAGUUCAUAGAGGCCAGAUUUAUUUGUGGUUAGUACUUGAUUGAAUCAUGUUAUGGACAUAUCACUGAUGUUUAUUCUGUAAAUUUGCUGUGUCUUUCAUGAGAGAAAAUAAAGAUCAAAUAAAACUGUUAGUUUGAGUGUGUAUGAUCUAGUUCCACUCAAAACCUUUUUCAUCAACAUUAAUAUUUUGCGAGAAACAGUAAAAUGAUGUGCUGUAUGAAUGUCACUAAAUGGGCUGUAAAAUGUCAAACAUUUAGUCAAUAAAGCAUUUGCA